UAAAAGCUUGUGACUUAUGUUGGAGAUGUUAAAUCAACUUAUCAAUCUGUUCUGUAUGUAGCUCUGGCACCGCUGAGAAAGAAAAAGAUUGAUAAUUCUACCAGAGACGGACUAUCUUUCUGUGCUAUGUUCUUUCUUGUCAGAUGUCCCUAAUAAGUCCACUUUUACAACUAACUCCCUUAUUUUUAAUAUACAGACACAUGCAAUUUUGAAAGGUUAAGAGCACCUCACAGCACUUGAAAGCUUCUUUCUUAGACCCAGCCAGAAAUGUUCAUUUACUCUGAUUUUAUUACUUGAAAACUCAAAUUUUAGUUCCAGGCAAUCAAAUCGAUGGUUUAACUCUGUACUGCUUGGUGACAAAGGUAGUUUGCAGGGUAUUUGCCUGAGAAACUUUGAAGGUAACUCAGGCUAUUUUUGGGGGAACUGUAAUGGUGAGGCUAAAGGAGAUUGCACGCACAGAAAGUCAGUUUCAGAGUAACACAGUUUGAUGUAAGGUUCUGGGGAAAUUACAGUUUAGAAAGGGACAAGGUCAUGGAUAGGGCAGUAGUUUGCAAGGACACUAGAUUUGAGAGUCAGAAUUAUGAAAUAUCAUUCUUUCCUUAAUUACCAAGGAUCACAGGAUUCGAUGUACUUGUUCUUUGUGUUUGAACAGCUAAAGCAUUAAAGAAAGCAACAGUAUGUAUUUCUACAUGUCUCCCUGUUGUAAAGUAGUUCCAGGACUGGGAGGUUUUUUUGCUCAUCACUGGAAUCUCAAGUUAAUAAGAACAUUAUUAUUGUCUAUGUUGUACUUCCAGGGAGACUAUUCCUGAUGGUUGCUAUGGGAACCAGUUUGUGUUGUUUGAUGAUGUUCCUUUAUACUGGGAUGCAUGGGAUGUCAUGGAUUAUCACUUAGAAACAAGGAAACCUGUGUCACAGGUUGUGAACCCUCUGGAGAUAGUGUGCCCAGGUAGAGUCAGGGGAAGUGUAAGAUACUCUAUCCGUAUCAGUGACACCAGCAAGAUCCGCCAAGAGAUCAUACUGGAUGCUUGCUGUCCUUAUAUUAAGUUCAAAACAGAGGUGGAAUGGCAUGAAGCACACAAGUUUCUGAAGGUGGAGUUUCCCACUACAGUGCACAGUCCUAAUGCUACAUAUGAAAUCCAGUUUGGACACCUUCAGCGACCAACGCACAGGAACACUUCAUGGGAUUGGGCACGCUUUGAGGUACAGAUGAUUUGGAAUUGCAUUGCACAGGCACAACAGUCCAGCUAGUGUGAAAAUUGCAUU